ACUUUACCCUAUACAAUGAUUUCAACACUAGCUACCUUUCCUCCAUUUCUGCACAAGGAUAUUAUAGAGUAUCUCAGCACAUCUUUUCUGCCUAUGGCUAUAUUGGGAUCCUCAAAAAGAGAAGGUGUUCCAGCACAUGUCAAUCUAUCUGCAUCAUCAAUGCUAAUGAUUGCAAUGCAGUACACAUCAAACCCGGUGUAUCACUGCCAAUUAUUGGAAUGCCUCAUGAAAUAUAAGCAAGAAGUAUGGAAAGAUUUGCUAUAUGUGAUAGCCUAUGGACCAUCUCAAGUUAAACCUCCAGCGGUACAAAUGUUAUUUCACUAUUGGCCCAAUUUAAAACCUCCUGGGGCAAUCAGUGAGUACAGAGGACUGCAGUACACAGCCUGGAAUCCUAUUCAUUGCCAGCACAUUGAAUGCCAUAAUGCGAUUAACAAACCAGCUGUGAAGAUGUGCAUUGACCCAUCCUUGUCUGUGGCUUUGGGUGAUAAGCCACCUCCCCUGUAUCUUUGUGAGGAAUGUAGCCAGAGAAUUGCAGGGGACCACAGCGAAUGGUUGAUUGAUGUUCUUCUACCACAAGCUGAAAUUUCUGCUAUAUGUCAGAAGAAGAACUGUAGUUCACAUGUGAGAAGAGCUGUUGUCACGUGCUUCUCCGCGGGCUGCUGUGGCCGCCACGGCAACAGGCCGGUGCGCUAUUGCAAAAGAUGCCAUUCAAAUCAUCACAGCAGUGAAGUUGGGGCAGCCGCAGAAACCCAUCUUUAUCAGACCUCGCCACCCCCUAUCAAUACCCGGGAGUGUGGGGCAGAGGAACUUGUAUGUACUGUGGAAGCUGUGAUCAGCUUGCUGAAGGAAGCAGAGUUUCAUGCUGAGCAGAGGGAGUAUGAACUCAACCGCAGGAGACAGAUGGGCCUCUCCUCUUCUCAUCAUUCCCUGGACAACACAGACUUUGAUAAUAAAGAUGAUGACAAGCAUGACCAACGCCUCCUGAGCCAGUUUGGAAUCUGGUUCUUGGUGAGCCUUUGCACUCCCAGUGAGAAUACACCUACAGAGAGUUUAGCAAGGCUGGUUAGCAUGGUAUUCCAGUGGUUUCACUCUACAGCUUACAUGAUGGAUGAUGAAGUUGGUAGCCUUGUUGAAAAGCUCAAACCCCAGUUUGUUACUAAGUGGUUGAAGACUGUUUGUGAUGUCCGGUUUGAUGUCAUGGUUAUGUGCCUCCUUCCUAAACCAAUGGAGUUUGCCAGGGUUGGUGGAUACUGGGACAAAUCGUGUAGUGCUGUGACCCAAUUAAAAGAAGGUCUGAAUCGAAUCCUCUGCUUGAUUCCAUAUAAUGUGAUAAACCAGUCGGUGUGGGAAUGUAUCAUGCCAGAGUGGUUGGAAGCUAUAAGGACGGAAGUGCCUGAUAAUCAACUGAAGGAGUUCCGGGAAGUGUUGAGCAAAAUGUUUGACAUUGAACUUUGCCCUCUCCCUUUCUCCAUGGAGGAGAUGUUUGGCUUCAUUAGCUGUCGAUUCACAGGGUAUCCAUCCUCUGUGCAAGAGCAAGCGUUGCUUUGGCUGCAUGUGUUAUCUGAACUAGAUAUUGUUGUUCCUCUUCAGUUACUAAUCAGCAUGUUUUCCGAUGGAGUUAAUUCUGUAAAAGAGUUAGCAAAUCAAAGAAAAUCGAGAGUCAGUGAAUUGGCAGGAAAUACUGCAGCUCGGAGGGUAAGCGUUGCUUCUGACCCUGGGCGCAGAGUUCAGCACAACAUGCUGAGUCCUUUCCCAAGCCCCUUCCAGAGCCCAUUUCGGAGUCCAAUACGUAGUCCUUUUCACAGCCCUUUCAAGAACUUUGGACACCCCAAUGGAAAGACAACUGAUCUUGAGUGUGAAGAUGAUGAAAUGAAUCUCAAUUGCUUCAUUCUGAUGUUUGAUCUCAUCUUGAAGCAGAUGGAACUCCAGGAUGAUGGUGUCACUUUGGGCUUAGAGAACAGCAUUUCAAAAGAUAUAAUAUCCAUCAUAAACAAUGUGUUCCAGGCACCCUGGGGUGGUUCUCACACCUGUCAGAAAGAUGAAAAAGCAGUUGAGUGUGGUCUGUGUCAGUCUAGCAUUCUGUGUUACCAGCUGGGUUUUGAGCUGUUGGAACAGCUUGCUCCAAAAGAAGAAAUCAGACUUGUGGAGCCCACAGAUAACCUCGAGGAUAGUCUUCUGUAUACUAGACCUGAGUUUAUUAUAGGAACUGAAGUAGAAGAGGAAGACAAAUUGGCACCAAAACAUGGACAAAACCCAGGAAAUCACUCAGAGACCACAGAAAAUGCUGCGAUAAAGAAUGAUCCAGAAAGAAAAUUUUGUUACCAGCAACUUCCAGUUACCUUGAAGCUCAUAUACACUAUAUUGCAGGAAAUGUCAAGGUUUGAAGAACCAGACAUUCUUUUUAACAUGCUGAAUUGUCUGAAGAUCCUGUGUCUUCAUGGGGAAUGCCUGUAUAUAGCAAGAAAGGACCAUCCACAAUUUCUUGCCUAUAUUCAAGAUCACAUGCUGAUUGCAAGCUUAUGGGGAGUUGUGAAGUCUGAGUUCUCUCAGCUUUCUUCCCUGGCAGUCCCGCUUCUUCUUCAUGCACUUUCGCUGCCCCACGGAGCUGACAUUUUCUGGACAAUCAUAAACAGCAAUUUCAACAGCAAAGAUUGGAAGAUGAGAUUUGAAGCAGUGGAGAAGGUAGCUGUGUUGUGCAGAUUUUUGGAUAUUCACUCUGUGACAAAAAACCACCUACUGAAGUACUCUUUGGCUCACGCAUUCUGCUGUUUCCUGACUGCCGUGGAAGAUGUCAACCCAGCAGUAGCUACAAGAGCUGGGCUAUUACUUGACACCAUAAAGAGGCCAGCUUUACAGGGUCUCUGCCUCUGCCUUGAUUUCCAGUUUGACACAGUUGUCAAGGACAGGCCCACGAUCCUUAGUAAGCUUUUGCUGCUUCAUUUUCUAAAAGCGGAUAUUCCAGCUUUGAGCUGGGAGUUCUUUGUGAAUCGCUUUGAGACCCUGUCUCUGGAAGCACAGCUUCAUCUGGACUGCAACAAAGAAUUCCCUUUCCCAACAACUAUCACUGCUGUCCGGACAAAUGUCGCCAACCUCAGUGAUGCAGCAAUGUGGAAGAUCAAGAGGGCUCGUUUCGCACGUAAUCGUCAGAAGAGUGUGCGUUCCCUGAGGGACAGUGUGAAGGGACCAGUGGAGUCAAAGAGAGCGCUCUCACUUCCAGAAACCUUAACCACCAAAAUUCGACAACCCUCCCCAGAGAAUGAUAAUACAAUAAAAGAUCUGCUGCCAGAGGAUGCUGGGAUUGAUCACCAGACUGUCCACCAGCUCAUUACUGUGCUAAUGAAGUUCAUGGCAAAAGAUGAGAGCAGCGCUGAGUCCGACAUCAGCAGUGCUAAAGUGCAGGAAGGAUGCUUCAUGAUUGCACCACAAAAAAUGCGUGUUUCGACCUGCUUUAAUGCCUUUAUUGCUGGAAUAGCACAAGUGAUGGACUAUAACAUCAGCCUGGGAAAACACCUUCUUCCCUUGGUGGUGCAGGUGUUGAAAUAUUGCACUUGUCCUCAGCUAAGGCAUUACUUUCAGCAGCCUCCUCGCUGCUCCCUGUGGUCCCUCAAACCUCACAUUCGGCAGAUGUGGUUAAAGGCUUUGCUUGUUAUUCUCUAUAAGUACCCCUACAGAGACUGUGAAAUCAGCAAGAUUGUACUUCACCUAAUCCACAUCACAGUCAAUACCCUCAAUGCUCAAUAUCACAGCUGCAAGCCCCAUGCAACUGCUGGUCCUUUGUAUAGUGACAACAGUAACAUAAGCCGAUACAGCGAAAAGGAAAAAGAGGAAGACAGUGUUUUUGAUGAAUCUGAUAUUCAUGAUACACCAACUGGACCUUGCAAUAAAGAAUCUCAAACUUUCUUUGCAAGACUGAAAAGAAUUGGUGGCAGCAAAAUGGUGAAAUAUCAACCAGUUGAGAUGAAUGCUCAGAGAAGUGAAAUAGAGCUGGCUGAAUAUAGAGAGACGGGGGCCUUACAAGACAGUAUUCUACGCUGUGUGAGAGAAGAAAGCAUUCAGAAAAAAAAACUGCGCUCUCUAAAACAAAAAUCUCUUGAUAUAGGGAAUGCAGACUCCCUGUUGUUUUCAUUAGAUGAACAUCGCAGGAAGUCCUGCAUAGAUCGGUGUGACUUAGAAAAACCACCUGUCCCUGCUGCUUACGCCAUACACAGGCAGAGUGAUUAUGGACGAUCUCGGCAGAAUUCUUCUACUAAAGCUGAAAAUACAGAAACACAAGAAAAUCUUCCUCGUACAGAGAGUUUCCAGGAAACAAGAAGACCUGUCAUACCAGAAGUGAGGUUAAACUGCAUGGAAACCUAUGAAGUGAAAGUGGACUCUCCGCUUAAACCUGCUGGUCCCAAGGAAGAUUUAGAUCUGAUAGAUUUGUCCUCUGACUCAACAUCAGGUCCUGAAAAGCAUUCAGUACUCUCCACUUCAGACAGUGACUCUUUAGUCUUUGAACCUCUUCCUCCCCUUAGAAUAGUGGAGAGCGAUGAAGAAGAAGAAACAACAAACCAGCUGAAUGACCAGGUCUCUGGCAAAACUGCUGCGUCGUCUCCCUCAACUCCUAUCAAUGUCUCUGCACUCAGUCUCAGCACAACUCCUCUGGUCCAGUUCAGCAUUGAAGAUUGUUCCAAAGACUUUAGUUCUAAGGAUACAAGCAACAGUGCUUCAGCAGGGAUAGAGGAGAUCCUUUCCACUUCUCCGAAAGAUCAAAAGGACGCUUCAGAGUUAGUUAAGCCAGAAGAACCUCAGGACGUGUCCUCUGGGAACCCACUAACAUUGAAACAGAAAAGGGACCUGCUGCAGAAGUCAUUUGCCCUUCCAGAAAUGUCUAUUGAUGAUAACUCUGAGCUCAGUGUGGAGGAAAUUAGACCUAGUGGAGCAAUUCCAAGCCCAAAUGUAAAGACAGUCCAUAUUAAAGUCCCCGAAGAUUCCGAAAACCAAACAGAAAGUGAUAAACUCGAUACCAACACAGAGUCUGAUACUGAACAAAACACAGAGCAGAAACAAGAAGAGGAGACAGAGGAGUCAGAAUUUAAGAUUCAGAUUGUUCCUCGCCAGAGAAAGCAGAGGAAGAUUGCUGUGAGUGCUAUUCAGAGAGAAUACCUGGACAUUUCCUUUAACAUCCUUGACAAGCUGGGAGAGCAGAAGGAGGCAGAUCCUGCUGCCAAAGGACUUUCAACACUGGAAAUGCCAAGAGAGUCAUCAUCUGCACCGACCCUUGAAGCAGGUGUCCCAGAGACAAGUAGUCACUCUUCCAUAUCAACUCAGUUCAGACAAAUGAAAAGAGGCUCUUUGGGAGCUCUGACAAUGAACCAGCUAAUGAAGAGGCAGCUGGAACACCAGUCUAGUGCUCCCCACAAUAUCAGCACUUGGGAUACUGAGCAGAUACAGCAUGGAAAGCGGCUGUGCAAUGUUCCUGUUUGCCUAAACCCUGACUUGGAGGGACCACCACUAAGGAUCAGAGGUGCCACAAAAUCUAGCCUGCUGUCAGCACCCAGUAUAGUCAGUAUGUUUGUACCCGCACCAGAAGAAUUUGCUGAUGACCAGCCCACUGUGAUGACUGACAAGUGCCAUGACUGUGGGGCUAUUCUUGAAGAAUAUGAUGAAGAAACACUAGGCCUGGCCAUAGUUGUACUCUCAACCUUCAUUCACCUUAGUCCAGACUUGGCUGCUCCUCUGCUGUUGGACAUCAUGCAGUCUGUAGGAAGGUUGGCAUCAAGUACCAGUUUUUCUAAUCAAGCAGAAAGCAUGAUGAUCCCUGGAAAUGCUGCAGGUGUGGCCAAGCAGUUCCUCCGUUGUGUGUUCCAUCAGCUGGCUCCCAAUGGCAUCUUCCCCCAGCUUUUCCAGAGUAAUAUUAAAGAUGGAAGUUUUUUGCGGACCUUGGCCACAUCUCUUAUGGACUUCAGUGAGCUGAGUUCCAUCGCUGCUCUGAGCCAGCUGUUAGAGGGUUUAAACAACAAAAAGAAUUUACCAGCAGGGGGUGCAAUGCUACGCUGUUUGGAAAAUAUUGCUACCUUUAUGGAAGCCUUGCCGAUGGAUUCACCCAGUAACCUCUGGACCACAAUUAGUAAUCAGUUUCAGACCUUCCUUACUAAACUCCCUUGUGUUUUGCCACUUAAGUGUUCUUUAGAUUCUAGUUUAAGAAUCAUGAUUUGCUUGCUGAAGAUACCUACCACUAGUGCCACCAGAAGUCUUCUGGAGCCUUUUUCAAAAUUACUAAGCUUUGUAAUUCAGAAUGCUGUCUUCACUCUGGCCUACCUGGUGGAACUGUGUGGUUUAUGCUACCGAGCCUUCACUAAGGAAAGGGACAAAUUCUACUUGACGCGCAGUGUCAUAUUGGAGUUACUGCAGGCACUCAAGUUAAAGUCACCCUUACCAGACAUGAAUCUGCUGCUGUUGGUGCAGUUUGUUUGUGCAGAUGCUGGAACAAAACUAGCUGAGUCAACAAUCUUGCAUAAACAGAUGAUUGCCUCUAUGCCUGGAUGUGGAACAGCAGCAAUGGAAUGCAUGAGGCAAUAUGUUGGGGAAGUACUGGAUUUCAUUGCAGAUAUGCAUACCUUAACCAAAUUAAAGAGUCACAUGAAGACUUGUUCUCAGCCACUGCAUGAAGACACAUUUGGUGGACAUCUGAAAGUUGGUUUAGCUCAGAUUGCUGCUAUGGAAAUCACACGGGGAAACCACAGAGACAAUAAAGCUGUGAUCCGAUAUUUGCCUUGGCUUUACCAUCCUCCUUCUGCAAUGCAACAAGGGCCCAAAGAGUUCAUAGAAUGUGUCUCACACAUUCGUUUGCUGUCCUGGCUACUUCUGGGGUCUCUGACACACAAUGUUGUCUGUCCAAAUUCUCCAUCAUCUUGCAUGCCUAUUCCACUGGAUGCGGGUUCACAAAUUGCUGACCACCUUAUUGUUAUUCUGAUUGGGUUUCCAGAGCAAUCAAAGACAUCUGUUCUGCACAUGUGUUCCCUCUUCCAUGCAUUUAUAUUUGCUCAGCUCUGGACAGUGUAUUGUGAACAAACAGCAGUAGCUCCAACAGUCCAGAAUCAGAAUGAAUUUAGCUUUACAGCAAUCCUUACAGCCCUGGAGUUCUGGAGCCGAGUGACACCUAGCAUUCUACAGCUGAUGGCACAUAACAAAGUGAUGGUGGAAAUGGUAUGCCUGCAUGUGAUUAGUUUAAUGGAGGCUCUACAGGAAUGCAACUCUACUAUCUUUGUAAAGCUCAUACCAAUGUGGUUGCCAAUGAUACAGUCAAAUCUAAAGCAUUUAUCUGCUGGACUCCAGCUACGCCUCCAAGCCAUCCAGAGCAAUGUCAACCACCACAGCCUAAGGAUGUUACAGGGGUCAGGACAGAUGAACAAUAGCUCAUCUGUGCUCCGCAAAUGGCUACAGUGUACCCAAUUUAAAAUGGCUCAAGUGGAAAUUCAGUCGUCAGAAGCUGCAUCUCAAUUUUAUCCUUUAUGA